CGCCCCGAAGACCAGCGCCUCUCAGAGCCCUCUACUUCCCGCUUAUAAGCACCUCAGCAACUCAUCAGCAAUGGCUCUCACUGCUAUUCACAACGCCACCGUUCCCCGCCGCCACCGCGCUACCAAGUGCACGUACGCCCGCAAGGGGACCAACGAGCGCGUGAAGGCCUCUACCAAGCGCCGCAUGCAGCCCAAGCUCGCGGUCGUCCAGUGCCAGGCCGGCGUGCCUGUGAAGGACGCCGCCUCCAAGUCCGCGGUCAAGCCUGUCGCCCUCCCGCGCACGCUCUACCGCCCCCAGUACCAGCCCAUCUCUCAGGAUGCGCUGAAGGCUGUCCUCCCCCAGUGCGAGGACAUCUCUCCUGCCUUCGUGCAGGAGCAGCUUAAUGCGAACGGUGCACAGAUGUGGAACACUGUUCGCAGCACCCGCGUGGCGAUGCCCACUGGUGCCCAAGUCCCUCAGGAGCUCCCUGUCGUCGUCAACCACGCGUCGACCUCUGCCCCCACCCAUAUCAUGGCUGUUCACGGCCCUGCCGGCUCUAACGGUGUCCGCCCUGUCAUGCUCUACCCCGCUCACGCCACCAUCUUGGCUGCCCACUGCGCGCGCCUCCCGGCCUUCACCCCCUCGCCCACCGACGUCGUCCCCGAGACCGUCCCGGCGUCCAUGACCAUGCCCGUCCGCCGCCUCUCCCUCCCCGCGCCCCACAUGUUCGGCACCGUCCUCGAAUACCUCUAUGAGAAGGACGCGGAGGCCGUGCUCCAGUCUCUCCUCCCCGUCGCCCUCCCCAACCUUGAGGAGACCGCGGAGUUCCCGAUGGUGGCCCUCGCCACCGCGAUCGCGGGAUUGGAGUCGCCCCAGGCGCUCCUCAAGGAGUGUAUCCACCGCGUGCACGGCCUCUGGCUCGACGUCUGCGCUCUCGGCAUCCACGACAUGGCGCUGUACGCCACGAUGGACCUCGCCUGGGAGACGCUUCUCAUGGCCCUCGCCAUCAGCACCCGCGAGACGACUUGCGCGCUCUGAUCCAUUCGUGCUUUGUAUCCUGCUUUCCAUGCUAUCUCGCUUUCGGUCUGCAUCGCAUCGCAUCUGCUAUGGACUCGCGCAUUCGUAUCCUUAUUCAUAUGUACCCCAGUUCUCAACCAACAAUACUCUAUGCUGUAUGAAUACCUACCUGUAUACUUGUACUCUAUGCGCCCUCAAUGGCAACCUUUCUCGAGUCUC